AGGUACAAGAUCGGUUUACCAAAAGCAGGCAUAAUGCAAGAGCGACAAAUUGCUGUCUCUUUGAUCGAUUCCGUAGUCAGUAUUGUACCAGACACUCAAGAUGUAGCCAGUGGCAUACAAAAUCUUCCAAUUCCUCUGGACUUUCAGUAG